AUGCGAAUUCUCGUCGUCGAAGAUGAUACCGACCUAAACCGUCAGCUUGUCACUGCUCUUGAGGAGGCAGGUUACGUUGUUGACAGCGCCGCCGAUGGGGAAGAGGGCCACUUUCUGGGUGAAACGGAACCCUAUGAUGCGGUGGUUCUGGAUCUUGGCCUGCCGACACUCGAUGGCUUGUCUGUGCUGGAAAACUGGCGCAGGGACGGCCGAACCAUGCCUGUCCUGAUUCUGACUGCCCGUGACCGCUGGUCGGACAAGGUGGCCGGCAUCGAUGCCGGUGCAGAUGACUAUGUUGCCAAGCCGUUUCACAUGGAAGAAGUGCUGGCACGGGUGCGUGCACUCGUUCGCAGGGCAGCCGGCCAUGCCUCCAACGAGCUGAUCUGCGGUCCCGUGCGCCUGGAUCUGAGAGCGGGGCGGGUAACCGUCGACGGCAAUCCGAUCAAGCUCACAUCCCACGAAUAUCGAUUGCUGUCUUAUCUGCUGCAUCACAGAGGUAAGGUGAUUUCCAGGACCGAACUGACCGAGCAUCUCUACGAUCAGGACUUUGACAGGGACUCCAACACGGUCGAAGUGUUCGUCGGCAGAUUGCGCAAGAAAAUCGGGGCCUCGGGUACCGUCUUGGAGAGCCCAGUGACGACUGACCGUGAUGCUGUCGCCAAGGCGCAACAGACAGGUAGUCGUCAGUGGUCUCUCGCGUCCCGGCUGGUCUUUGUUGCGGCCGUCUGGUCCACCAUAACACUUGCAUUGGCAGGCGUUUUCCUCGUCAGUCUUUAUCAGAGCGCAAGUGAGCGAGCCUUUGAUGCCCAGCUGGAAGUUCAUAUCAAGGGCCUCAUCGCCGGAAUGCUGGAAACAGGUCAGAACGGCGGACCGGAAACGUUGAUCCAGUCGGUGGCGGCGCCGGUCUACCGGGGCGAUCCGAGAUUUUCCCUGCCCUUGUCCGGGUGGUACUGGACCGUGCGGCGCGCAGACAACCCGUCGAUAAUGUUUGCGUCCGAAUCGCUGCUCGGUGAUCCGUUGAAUACACCUCCGAUUGGCGACAUGGACAGCAGUGCGGGUUUUGUCAGCGGUCCGACGGGAGAUGAAGUGCGGGUCCUGCAGCAGCGCAUCACGAUCGGAGAGGCCUCCUACGUUAUCGCGGUGGGGGCUGCAACGGCCGGGUUCUGGGCGGACAUUGCAGAAUUCUCGCGGACUGUCACCUUGACGCUCUGCAUCGUCGGUAUUGGCCUCAUUCUCGCAAUUUUCCUUCAAGUCCGGGUUGGCCUCAGGCCUCUGGCAAGGCUGCGCUCCUCGCUCUCGGCGGUUCGGCUGGGAGAAACGGAACGCAUUGAUGAAGCCUUGCCACGCGAAAUCUCGCCUUUGGCAGUCGAGUUGAAUGCGCUCAUCGUCUCCAACAAGGAAAUUGUCGAACGAGCUCGAACCCAUGUCGGAAAUCUCGCACAUGGCCUGAAGACACCGCUUUCAGUGAUCUCCAACGAAGCGCGGGCUUCUCAAGGUCCGUUUGCCGACAAGGUGAGCGAGCAGGCGGCGAUCAUGUCGACCCAGAUUCAACACCACCUCGAACGCGCAAGGAGAUUCCCCAACUAUGAUCCUCGCUGCUUCUCGGUAUGCGAGUCGCAGCACUUGGCCCAGUGUCCGGACUUCUCGAUGUGA